UGCGCUUGCUAUCUUGAUACUAAGCGUUUUAUAUAUAGAGAUCUUUAAUGUAUUGUUGCUAGAGUCCCAUUGAGUCUCCUUGGCAGAUCUGAAAUCCAUUCAAUGGAAGAGCAAUGGCUCAUUUGGCUUUCUGCGCUGGUGAGCAGUGUGCUGUCGUAUUUCUUAUUAGAUCUAAUCGCCAAAAGAAUGAGGAAAAGAAGAGAAUAUCUUCCUCCCGGACCUCCUGGCUGGCCUAUUGUGGGAAACCUUCUACAGCUGGGGAAAAACCCAAAUGAAUCUUUGUGGGCUCUUUCUCAGAAAUACGGCCCUCUCAUGACUCUCUCUCUCGGCAUGAAAACUGCUGUGGUGGUUUCAUCCUCUGAAAUGGCAAAGGAGAUCUUCAAAACCCACGACCAAAACUUUGCAGGACGGCCUGUGUUAGAAGCAGUCAAGGUUCUUUCUCACCACAAAUCCUCAAUAGUGUUUGCUCAGUAUGGAGAUUACUGGAGGAAAUUGAGGCGAAUCGCCACCACAGAGCUUUUCUCUACCAGCAGACUCCAAGCGCUACAACAUCUCAGAAGAGAUCAAGUCUCUGACAUGAUUCGAAUGGUCUUCGAGAAGAGGGGACAAAGUUUGAACAUUGCACAUUUGGUGUUCUACGAGGGUCUCAAUCUCAUGAGCAACGCCAUCUUCAGUAAGAACUUGUUCGAUCCCAAAAAUCCAGACUCUGCAGAAUUGAGGAACACUUUUACUGAGUCGCUGAGGUUGGCCGGAAUACCCAAUUUGGCCGACUUUUAUCCAUUUUUGAGAUUCCUGGACCCUCAGGGCGUGAGCCGUGGUGUGACCGUCCAUACUAAGCGACUACAUAAGUUGUUAGAUGUAUUCAUACAAGAUCGGCUGGCGGCGAGGAGGAUAGGCGUGGAUCUUCCCAAGGAAAAGGACUUUCUCGACAUUCUGCUCGAUUUGACUGCAGAUGAUUUCACUCUAGUGAACGUCAGGGCUUUAGUUUUGGAAUUUUUGGCUGCUGGCAGUGACACUACUACUACAACAAUAGAAUGGGUUAUAGUGGAAUUGAUUGCCAAUCCUCGUGUAAUGAAACAAGCACAAAAAGAAUUAGAAGAGGUAGUUGGCCUCAACAAAAAGGUGGAAGAAUCUAACAUAAACCAUCUACCUUAUCUCCACGCUAUAGUGAAAGAAGUGUUUCGACUACACCCAACACUUCCUUUGGCAGUUCCUCACAAAGCAGAUAACUUAUGUGAAGUAGGGGGGUAUAUGAUACCCAAGGACACACAAGUGAUUGUGAAUGUGUGGGCAAUUGGAAGGGAUCCUAAAAAUUGGAAGGAACCUUUAAAAUUUAUGCCCGAGAGGUUUUUUAAUUGUGAGAAUAGUAAGAUCAAGUAUAAGGGACAAGAUUUUGAGUUGAUACCAUUUGGAGCUGGAAGAAGAAUUUGCUUAGGACUUCCUUUGGCUCAUCAAAUGGUCCAUUAUACUAUUGCUACUUUAAUCCAUUCAUUUGAUUGGAACCUUCCAAUUGGGAUGAAUUAUGAGAAAAUAGACAUGGCAUAUACCUUUGGAACAGUACUGAAGAAGGCUAUAGAGUUGCAUGCAAUCCCCACACCAAGAUUACCAAAUAAUCUAUAUUAGAAUAAUGUGUUAGAAAUAAGGGUCAAAGAAAUUUAUGAUAAGAUUUUUCUCCUAAAAAUAUUACUUACUAGCUCUAUUAUAGGGUUUGGUGUAAGUUUAUGUCAAGAUAUUAUGAAUGAUUAAAUAAAUACUAUGAAAAUGCGUAAUGCGUAA